AUGUCUCUACGUACAACUCCAUCUGAUUAUAUCAAUAUUGCUGGUACAUACUGUUGCAUAGGUGAUAAUCAUCAGAUGAAAGGUGAUUACAAUGAAGCAUUGACUUGGUAUAAUAAAGGUAUUGAAUUAUUCAAACAAGCAAAAGAUGAAAACGAUCCAAACAUGGCAAAUUUAUAUAACAAUAUGGCUGACGCAUACAGAAAACAGAUGAAGUAUUCGGAAGCUUUAAAUUUAUUCGAAAAAGCACUUCUUAUCGAGGAAAAAAAUUUACCUCCAAAUCAUCCAGAUUUAGCUAUAACUCAUUAUAACAUUGGCUGUACUCAUAAUCGUCUCGAUCAUUAUGAUCUUGCUUUAAAACAUGUCAAUCUAUCUUUACAAAUCAGAUUGAAAUCACUUCCACCUCAUCAUCCUGAUAUUGCUGUGACCUCUCAAUGUUUAGGUCUUCUACAUGAAGAUAGAAAUGAAUUCAACGAAGCAUUAUUUUAUUAUGAAAAUGCUGCUACUAUCUAUCAUCAAUCAUUACCAUGUCAACAUCCAAAAGUAAAGAAAAUUGACGAAGUUAUUCAACGUGUUUAUUGUCAACUUAAAUAA